GAUCUACAGAAGAAGAACGGAAGUUCUUCCAUGGAAACGGCGGACGCUUGCCUGAGGAGCGAACAGUGAACACAUCGCUACAUGUUGUGUGUUUGGAAAACGCUGAAUCGUUUAGGGUUUCCGUACGAAUCCACAGGAAGGCUAAUGUGCCGGUAAACGAGCUAAUGUCGCUUCAGCUGCUAGCUAGCUGAGAACUUUUCUACACCGUAGUAAAAGUCAUAGGGAAUAAGGGAAAACAGAAACUUAGCACUGAUUACCAAAAACGCUCAAGAGAAGCAGUUAAAAGAUGUGGAAGGUAAGCGGACGGAGCUCGGCUCUGGAGCGGGCGCAGGCGCUGCUGUCAGCCAGGAGGAGCAGCGGAGGAGACGGAGGAGGAGGAGGAGGAGGAGGAGGAGGAAGAGGCUCCACGCAGGACUCACCGACCAAAACACAGGGUGGUUCCUUCAAAACCAGAUCGGUUCCUCCAAACAGCCACACGUUGUUCUCUGACCUGAGUGACCUGUCCUCUGACAGCUCUGUUUCCAAGCGUGCCGCUGACGCUCCUUCACCUGCUAAUGCACGAGAAAAACCUGGGAAAAAGUCUGAAUCAACCAAGGAUCUCAGGCCUCAGAGUUCACUGGGAGAAGGAAGCAGGUUCUUAAAGAAGGCUCCAAAGCCAGCUAACAGCAGCCACUCACCUGUCAGCCAGAACCAAGCACAGCCUGCGGUAGAACCAAGAUAUGUGUCGUCUUCUCAGCGUGGCUCUCAGGCUCCAGCUCUGCGUAGACUGGCGGAAAUCGAGAGUCGCGUCCGAAGGCGCAAGCAGGAGCUGGAAAAAGCUAAACAGGCCACAGCAGCUGCUCUCAGUCUAACCGCAGACUUGGAAAUCUCCCCAGCAGCAGCCAUCCAGAAUAUGGAGGCCUCUGAGGAGCUGUCAGCACAGUCUGACAGUGACCAGAGCCGGAAGAAAAACCGUUUCCUCAAAAAGACGAGAGCAGGAGCUGCUGAACGCGCUAAUGCCGCUCGCCCUGACGCAACAAAUUCUGCAGAGGCUGGUGUCAAAUCCACAUCCAGGGCUGCUGAUCCAGUUCUACAUUUUGGAGGGUUGGAGCGGACGCCAAGGAGAAUAAUGAGUGGUGUAAGCUUGGAAAGUGAUGAAGAAGACAUAAAGAAACUGCUUGGUGACUCAAUUGAAUCGAUCAGCAUAUUAGGACCCGGGAGAGUUUCAGCAGUGAAAAGGCCACACAGGACACUCAGCAGUCCCAAUAAGAGGGUUGAAAGCCCCGCCUCUCCUGCUGCUGCCCACCCUUCAUCGCCCUCCAACAGCGCGCCGGCUCGCUCUCCUCUCUCUUCUUCACAUGGCAGUUCCCCUUUUCGAUUCACCGGCCAGGCUAAGGCCCGCUUCAGUCCGUCCGUGCUCUCCCCAUCGCCCUCUCCUCCUCCUGCCCCCCCCUCACAUCCAGACAGGCUGCAGCCCUCCCACUCGUCCUCGUCGAGUCACGCUGAGGUACUUUCUCUGGAGGAGUUGUUCCCUGUGGAGCCUGCUUCAGAAGAUCCACGCAGUCACCUGAGUUCAGUUUCUUCAGAAGAUUUCAAGAUCAAUGUGAUGACACUUGAUGAGCUUAUUCCUGCACUUCCUGGAACAGCUUCAGAAAUGCCAGGAAAACAGGAUCAAAACAAACUGGCCGGCCCUGCUCCUGGAUCCAAUAGUAGACACCAGCAGUCGCCCCGGGAGGAGGAGGAGGAGGAGGAGGAGGAGGAGGAGGAGGAGGAGGAGGAGGAGGAGGAGGUGGUGCCGAACUAUCAGAGUGACUUUGACAGUGAUUCUAGCACCAGGCAGGUUUCAGAGCAUCUGGGAGAUGAUGAUGACGAUGGAGCAGAGGGGCGAUCAGAGGUCGGAGAGAAGGUUGCCGGGUCCGAGAGGUCUCACAAGAACACAGACGAUUAUUCCAGUGUUUUCUCUGAACCGACUCACUCCAGUGUCUCCCGGACUUUGGAUGGCAGUCAGAGAUCAGAGUCGUUCAGCAGAAGCAGAACUUCACUGACACACAGCAGCCGGAGCUCACCUCAGCCGCAGAGGAGGCGCGCUUCAGCCAGGAGGAAUUUGAAGGACGCAGCAGUGCAGACUCAGCCCGGUCCACUGGCUGACUCCUGGUCAGCUGGCAUGCCCCCACUGGACCCCAUGGUGGGCAGGAUCUACAUGAAGCCCACUCCUGCGCUCCCCCACACCGUCGGCGCAGAGAGACUGGAAGCCAUCAGCACGUUCGACCCGGCUGUUUUUGCACUCAAUGAAGUGCUGAAACAGCAGCUCGCCAUGACCAAGCAGUUCAUGGACCGCAGCGAAUACCUCCAUUCCUGCCUGCUGCGCAGCCUGGAACCGCCCAACUACAGAUACACCACGCUGGAGGAGACCCUCCAGAACAUCUGUAAGCACAGACAUCCCAAACCUACAGUGGAGAAAGCUUAGAGGAGAUUCUGCAGGAAAUGAUGGCAUACCUGUGUUGCAGCUGCUUCAGAGACAUCCUGAGGAGUCUUCCAGUUUCACUUGCUGCUUUGCCAAAACAUUUUAAUAAA